CCGGGGAAAUGCUAUAGUAAGGUUGAACCAUUGGUUGAACACUGUUAGCAUUACACGCGAGAAGCCUUGUACAGUGCAUUUUACAAUAUUCAGGUACAGUUUAAUCAAUACAAACUCCUACAGUUAUACCCGAAGGUAGCAUGGAGAAGCCAAAUAUAGUGACAUGCACCGCUCCUGUGAAUAUAGCUGUGAUAAAAUACUGGGGGAAGAGAAACGAAGAAUUAAUCCUACCCAUCAACUCCUCUUUGAGUGUCACAUUGCAUCAAGACCAGCUCAAAACAACCACAACAGUUGCCACCAGCAGAUCUUUUCAGGAGGAUCGAAUAUGGCUCAAUGGCAAAGAGGAGGACAUAAACCAUCCGAGACUGCAGUCCUGUCUGAGAGAGAUCCGACGAUUAGCAAGAAAAAGACGUAAUGAUGGGGAACUCGCUUUGGACUCCACUGGUCUUUCUCACAAAGUCCAUAUCUGCUCUGUGAACAACUUCCCCACUGCCGCCGGGCUCGCAUCCUCAGCUGCUGGAUUUGCUUGUCUAGUUUACACUCUUGCGCGGGUGUUUGGAGUAGAAGGGGAGCUAUCUGGGAUUGCUCGGCAAGGCUCUGGCAGUGCAUGCAGGAGUAUGUAUGGAGGGUUUGUCCAGUGGAUCAUGGGGCAGAAAGAAGAUGGCAAAGACAGUCUAGCCCAGCAGGUGGAGCCAGAGACUCAUUGGCCUGAGCUCAGAAUCCUUGUCCUUGUGGCUAGUGCUGAGAGGAAACCAGUGGGAAGCACUUCUGGGAUGCAAACAAGUGUACAAACAAGCUCUCUACUGAAGCACCGUGCUGAGUCCAUUGUCCCAGGCCGGAUGGCAGAGAUGAUGGAAGCAGUGCGAAGAAAAGACUUUGUGGCGUUUGCUGAACUAACCAUGAAGGACAGUAACCAGUUUCAUGCCACCUGCCUUGACACGUACCCUCCCAUCUUCUAUCUCAACAGUGUGUCUCAACAGAUCAUCAAUGUGGUUCAUAGAUAUAACAGACACUAUGGGGAGACACGGCUGGCUUACACAUUUGAUGCAGGACCCAACGCAGUGAUCUUCACACUACAGCAGCAUGUUCCUGAGUUUGUACAAGUGCUUCAACAUUUCUUCCCUCCAGAGACCAAUGGAGGACAGUUUAUUAAGGGUGUUCCUGUUAACAGGGCUGCCCUUUCAGAGGAGCUGAAGCAGGCUAUUGGCAUAGAGCCAAUACCAAAAGGAAUAAGCUACAUUAUUAGUACCAAGGCUGGACCUGGCCCCUGUGUUGUGACAGAUGCUGCUCAGCAUCUACUCCGAUCUGAUGGGCUUCCUAAAGAAAGUGUGUGAUCCCCUGAGUGGACAAAGUUAACUGGCAGAAUGAUGAAGACAAUCAGCAGAAAUUUAAUUUGUCUUAGUAAUAUGUACAGUAACUAUUUUUUUACAAGUGACAAUAACACCAGGCACCUGCCAUUUGGUUUGCUCAUGUCUUUGAUUAUGAGUAGGCUGGUCUCUUGUCCCAAUGACUAAUUUGUUCGUGUGUACUUUUUCAGCAACUACUGUUAAAUGUUGUAUAAGAGGUAUUUGACUAACAGCCCAGAUGCACUGAACUUGAAAUACAGGUGACCAGAACAGCUGGCCCUUUACUCUCAAAAUGUGGAUAUUUUCUAUGAGGCUAAGUUUCCAUGUGUUUCAUGAUGGUGGUCACCUAAUGUUGUGUUUACAUUUUAAAUCUAUGAAAACAUAAAUUCAGAUAUACAUGUCUGUUAAUCUUAGUCCAAAUCAUAAAAUAAAGUUUAUUUUAGUCAAUGAAA